AUGGAUUCUUUCGGCGGCGGCAGCAGCCUCGGCAACCUCGAUCUCUCCAAGCUGUCGGAUCGCGACAAGCAGGAAUUGCAGCAAUUCGCCAUGAAUGAGGGACAAAAGGCGAGGAUUCAAUCUUCUAUACACUCCCUCACCGACACGUGCUUCCGCAAGUGCAUUCCCAUGGGCACGGUCAAGACGGGGAAACUGGACAAGUACGAGGAGCCGUGUAUGCGGCAGUGCGUGGAUCGGUUUCUGGAUGCCAAUUUGGUUGUGCUGAGGGAGUUGGAGAGGCUGAGGGGUUAG